AUGACACAUCGGGGGGCCACCCUGCUGCUGCUCAGGGGUAACACCACCUUGGAGUCAGCGCUGGAGCAAGAGGAGAAUGUUCUCCUUGAUUUGGAUUACCCUGAACAGCGUAUUGACUUCUUCGUGCUGCUGUAUAGCAAUCGAGAUGAGAUUGAGCGUAUUGCAUCAUAUCAUCUUGGUCUAGGUCCUUCAGAUACUUGCCGGACCGGCGAUGUAAACGAAUGGGUCCACGGCAGCUUCAAUGUCUGCAUCCCUCUGUAUAUCAGCGAACAAAGUCAAGAAUUAGGGAAAAGAGCACUUAUUCGGUUUCCCUUGCCGUACAAAAUAGGGGAAUUCAAGAACCCAGGCAAUGUGGACGAAAAACUUCGCUGUGAAGCCGCAACAUUUAUUUGGAUACAUACGCAUUGUCCGGAGAUAUCCAUCCCGCAACUGUGGGGGUUCGGACUCGUCGGGGGUCAAAGUUUUACGAAACCGGAGAGUAUCUCCCUUAGCACUAGACUUCUCUGGAAUCUCAAAAGAUCUAUCAUGUGGCUGUUUGGACUCACUUUGCCCUGCCCCUACAUAUCUCAUCAACGUGUGUCCUUACUCGAUACCGGGUACUUGGUGAUGGACUACAUUGGCAACUCAGAAGUUCAAAUGCUUUCAGAGACAUGGGAUGAAGACCGUCAAGACCAAGUCAAAAGAAAAACCCUCUUUCGGGGGCUUUCACGUAUGAUGCUUUCACUAAGUCAGAGACCACUCCCCCGUAUAGGAUCUUGGACCCUAGACUCGAAUGGAGUUUUGCGACUCUCCAAUCGACCUCUCACACUUCGGCUUCAUCAAUUAGAAAAUGGUGGAAUUCCGACGAACAUCAGUCGAAGCUUGACCUACUCAACAGCGGACACAUACCACCUCGAUCUUUUGUCUUGUCAUGAUAGUCGCAUACGGUAUCAGCCCAACUCUAUAAACGAUGCAGACGAUGGCCGAGCCCAGAUAGCAAGAUUGACGAUAAUGAAAGCACUCCUACCUCAUUUUUCCAACAAAGAGCUUCGAGAAGGGCCUUUACUUUACAGACUUACCGAUCUCCAUCCUAGCAACAUAUUCGUUGACAGCGAUUGGAAUAUCAAGUUUGUCAUUGAUCUCGAAUGGGCAUGCUCACUCCCGGCGGAGACGUUACGUCCUCCAUACUGGUUAACCGGUUGUUCAGUGGAUGAACUAACAGAGGAGCACCUUGAAACCUUUCGCGAGGCCUACGAAGAGUUUGUUGGUGUUUUUGAGGAGGAAGAAAAACAAUUCUCUCCUAUCAACGAUGACCAUUCUUAUAGGACAAAUCUUAUGAGAAAUGGUUGGAAACUUGGAAACUUUUGGUAUUUCCAUGCUUUAGACAGCCCAAAGGGUCUAUUCAACCUGUUCUCUCAACACAUAUAUCCCAUUUUUGGACCUUCCAGUCAGUCCAAAGAUGAUUUUGCACGGGUUGUUUCGGACUUCUGGGCCCCCGAUGUUGCAAAAGUGUUAGCGGCCAAGCUCCGAGAUAAGGAAGAGUAUGAGAGGUCACUUUGUCAAAGGUUCAAAGAUGCUGAUAUUGGCGAGGAAGAUCGGGAUUCGGGGCAUUAA